AUGAACUUCGACCCUUUCCACCAUGUCUUGGACAUUUUGAUUGACAUCAACGUCUCCUGGAGCGGCUAUGUCCUUUUCGUCUGGACGAGUCUCGGCUUCGAUAUUUCGGCCAGCUUGCACAUGUGUGGGCCUCCAGUGUACGGCAUCUUCACCAUCAAGGUCCCCAUAAAGAACGUGACUGUGACGUUCGGCGACAGUAAUGGACAAAUUGCCCCUGACAAGGUCGAUCUCGAAACGUUCCGCGGGAUGCUUCAACAAAAUAGACAAGGCGCCAAGGAGGAAUUGAAGAUAUCGGUUAUCCUCCUAGGACGACACCACGGGUGA